AUGGCCGCACAUCCGGCCGUGAAGGCUAUCAACACCCAGGAGAUCACUGAGAAGGCGAGGCGAGGUCUUCUCCAGCUGCUGGAAGCCGUCCGGGGCAAGAAGAACCUGGUCAUCGAACGCUCCUUAGCUGGAACCAUUGGCCUCUUCGUCAAGUUCAGCACGCUCCAGGAAUAUGGCGUCGACAAGAUCUUCUUCCUUGAGAAUCACAAUGUCGACUCCAGCCAGAGGAACAUCAUCUUCCUCUGUCGGGGCGAAAGCGCGAAGACUGCACGAAUGGUAGCUGAGCAGAUCAAACUGGUCCGGAGCGAAAGCCAGAUUGACCAUGAGUUCUCCAUCAUCUGGGUGCCUCGACGGACUCGCGUCAGCGACAUGGUACUCGAAGAACACGGAACUCUCGGAGAAGCAACAAUCUCCCAGCUGCAACUGCAUUUCAUCCCAUUGGAGCAAGAUGUCCUAUCACUAGAGCUGGACACCGCCGUUCACGACCUUUACUUGCGGAAGGAUCCGACCUGCAUCUUUGCCUCUGCACAAGCGUUGAUGCGUCUGCAAAAGCAGUACGGACUGUUUCCACGAAUAUUGGGCAAGGGUGACAAUGCUAAAAAGCUGGCCGACCUCUUGCAGAAGAUGCGAAGCGAGGAAGAAGUCAACGCUGCAGCAGACUCUAACAACUCUUACCUGACCUCGUUCGGGCUGACACCCAGCUCUGUUAUUGAGAAUCUCAUCAUCAUUGACCGAGACGUGGACUUUCCAACCGUGCUAUCUACCCAGCUCACCUACGAAGGGCUCAUUGAUGAAAAUUACGGCAUUACCAACAAUCAGACGGAGGUCGAGUCUUCCAUUCUAGGCGGAGCCCCUGCGCAACCUCAAUCGCAGAACGGCACCACGCAGGCACCAGCAACAGCUACGAAGCGAAAGCUCCAGCUUGAUACCAGCGAUAAGCUCUACCCAUCGUUACGUGACGCCAACUUCGCCACUAUAGGACCGACCUUGAAUCGUACUGCGCGCCGACUGCAGUCGGACCAACAGAACAUCCACAACCAGGACCAGUCAAUCGCUGACCUGAAAAGCUUUGUCUCGAAGCUACCAUCUUACCAGGCCGAACAGGCCAGCUUGAAGAUACACACAAGUCUUGCUGAAGAACUCAUGAAGGUCACCCGUAGUGAGCUGUUCAACCAGAUGCUUGAAGUGCAACAAAAUCUCCUUGCUGGCAGCGACCCGAGCGCCACCCAUGAGAACAUCGAAGAGUUGAUCGCCCGCGACGUACCUUUUAAGACUGUUCUACGCCUGCUCUGUCUCGAAAGCUGCCUCAGCAACGGCAUCCGGUCUCGCGAUCUGGAGAACUUCAAGCGCCAGAUUCUGCAAGCAUACGGUUUCCAGCAUGUCCUUACGCUUGCUAACCUGGAGAAGAUGGGCCUACUCGUUCCUCGAGAAAGCCACAGAGGCUACCUCAACCCAAUCGGCAGCGCUGCCGGUCAAACUGCCACCGAUUGGAAUGCUCUUCGCAAAGGCCUGAAGCUUUGGGUUGACGAUGUUCAGGAGGACGACCCGAACGACGUUGCAUAUGUCUUCAGCGGUUUCGCUCCUCUCAGUGUUCGACUCGUGCAGUGCAUCCUGCAGAAGAGCCAGCUCUACAACUUGGUCAAUCAACCUCGCCAGCCUUCGUCCGCUCCUACGGGUACUGGCUGGAAAGGCUUCGAAGACGUUGUGGCCCGGAUUCGUGGUGCCACAGUCGACGUGACGCAGAAGGGCCAUGACGCCGAUGCAUCCCACGCGAGGAAGACGUUGCGGGGCAGUAAAGAAGGACCAAAGAUCAGUCUGGUGUUUUUCCUAGGCGGUGUUACGUUUGCAGAAAUCGCAGCGCUGAGGCUGGUGAGUGCGCAGAUGGAGGAGAAGGAGGGCAGAAAGAUUGUUAUCAUGACUACAGGGUUGGUGAACGGAGGUCGAGCAGUUGGGACCGCUGUAGAGAAGAGAGAGUUCGGGCAGUAG